UAGCUGCAGUGGGAAAGGAACUCCGCCUCCAGAUCUCAGCACCUGGCGCUGUAUAGACAGUUGCUCAGCAGUAGAGUCCAGAGCGGGUUGGCGGACACGAAGAGGGGGAGAGAAUGUGACAAGUGGUGGCUCUCACUGUUGCCUUGGGAGGCCUCCCGCACCUGUCUCUUGGCCAGGAUAGUUGUCGAAGCAGCCGCCGACGAGCAGGAGCAACCUCCUGAUUUGCCAGCCAGAGCGGUGUGCAGAAGAGGGGGUGCAGGAAAGCAAGGGGGGGCAUUUGAACAAAACGGAAAAAAAAGGAAGGAAGGAAGGAAAGGACAUGACUUCUUCAUUCAAGCUGGAUUUUCUGCCAGAGAUGAUGGUCGAUAGCCGUUUGCUAGUUUCCGACAGAAUUAACGGCACAGCUAACAAAAUGAAUGGCGCUUUGGAUCAUUCAGACCAACCAGACCCUGAUGCCAUUAAGAUGUUUGUCGGGCAGAUCCCCCGCUCGUGGUCAGAAAAAGAAUUGAAAGAACUUUUUGAGCCUUACGGAGCUGUUUACCAGAUCAACGUUCUCCGAGAUCGGAGCCAGAAUCCUCCCCAGAGUAAAGGUUGUUGUUUCAUCACAUUUUAUACAAGAAAAGCGGCAUUAGAGGCUCAGAACGCGCUGCACAAUAUUAAAACUUUACCUGGG